GCCACCGUACAAAUAUCCCUAAACUCCGUCGCCAUAGUAGCGGGCUCGGUUGAACUGAACUUAAUCCGUGAGAUUCUGCAGCCGGUGAAAGAGGAGACCUGAGAAUGACAGAGACCGAUACUCCAAAACCGGCGAAGAAGCCCCGUUUUACCUCUCUGGAAAUCGGCCUGAUUACUAUCGUCUCUUUGUUCCUCAUUAUCAUUGUUAUCCUCAUCAUCGUGUUUGCCAUCCAGUCAAGUAAAAUCUGCACCACAGCCGACUGCACGCAGUCAGCGUCUCGCCUCAUUGGGAACAUGGAUGCUACCGUGGAUCCUUGUGACAACUUCUAUCAAUAUGCCUGUGGAGGAUGGCUGAAAAAGAGCAUCAUCCCAGAGGCCCAAUCCAAACAUGGCUUGCAAAACAUCUUGAAAGACAACAUGGAGGUCAUCCUCAAAGGUGUCCUUGAAAAGAAUGUGGAGAGGGAGACUGCUGCUGUCACCAAGGCAAAGACACUUUACAAGUCCUGCGUAAACAACAGCUUAAUAGAGCUGAAAGGAGGAGCUCCUUUGCUCGACAUGCUGCCAGACAUCUUUGAGUGGCCCAUGGCUGUGGACAACUGGGAUAAUGUCUAUGGGAAAACCUGGAGGUUAGAGGAUGUCAUUGCCAGGUUAAAUUGGAAAUAUGGAACUGAAGUCCUGAUUAGCUUUUUCAUUCGUGCUGAUGACAGAGACUCCGCUAAACACAUCAUUUAUUUUGACCAACAAAUGUCCUUUGGCCUCUUGUCCAUAGACUACUACAGCUGCAAGGGUCGCUUUGCAGAGGCAUGUCGAGCUUAUGAGCAGUUCAUGUUUGAUCUGGCAAAGCUGAUCCGCACUGACCGGGGACUGAAAAUCAACGAAGCAGACAUAAGAGCAGAGGUGACACGAGUUGUGAAUUUGGAGAAAGACAUCGCCAGUGCCACUGACUUGCAGCGGAGGGAUCCAGCGUUGCUUUACAACAAGAUGCAAUUGAGUACAAUGAAUAGAAUAUUCGCUUUUGAAGUUGACUUUCAGAAAUUCAACUGGACUUACUACACUACUAAGAUAAUGGACACCGUGAACACGAAGGUUAAUGAUUCGGAGAAAAUCAUCAACUACUCCCCCAGCUAUUAUGGAAAACUCAAAAAUGUAUUAGCCAAAUACACCAAGAGGGAUGUGCAAAACUACGUGGUUUGGCGGUUUGUUAUGCAAAUGGUAGGGGAGCUGAGUCAAGCUUACAGAAACACCAGGAAUGUUUUCCUCAAGGUUCUGACCGGUAAAGCAUCAGAGGAUGCCUUGUGGCGAUGGUGUGCACUGUAUGUCAACGGCAACCUGGGCAAAGCCGUGGGACGGCUCUAUGUGCAGGAGGCUUUCUCUGACAACAGCAAAGAGCUGAUGGAGGAGAUGAUUAAAGAUAUUCAGGAAGUUUUCAUUAGUAACCUUGAUAACCUCUCCUGGAUGGAUGAAGAGACCAAAAAUGCAGCUAAAGAGAAGGCCCGAGCUAUCCGUGCACGCAUUGGUUAUUCUGAAGACAUCAUGAAUGACGAAUAUCUAGACAAUGCGUACAAAGAUCUGAGCUACAGUGGAGAGGAGUACUUUCAAAACGUCCUGCAGAACCUGGAGUAUAGGACCAAGAAACAACUGCAGAAAUUGCGAAGAAAAGUCAACAAGAAUGAUUGGUUUUUUGGAGCUGCUGUUAUCAACGCCUUCUACUCAGCUAGCUUAAACGAAAUAGUGUUUCCUGCUGGCAUCCUUCAACCCCCUUUCUUUAACAAAGGCCAGCCUAAAUCGCUCAACUACGGUGGAAUUGGCAUGGUAAUCGGUCAUGAGAUUACACAUGGCUUUGAUGACAAUGGUCGCAGUUACGACAAGGACGGCAAUCUGAUGAACUGGUGGACUCCUGAAUCUACAAAAAAUUUCCUGGAACUCUCAAGGUGCAUCGCUAGCCAGUACAGCAAAUUUUCCUGGGACCUGGCUAAUGGUUUACAUUUGAAUGGCAACAACACCCUCGAGGAAAACAUAGCUGACAAUGGGGGGAUUCGACAGGCAUACCAGGCAUACAAGAAAUUUGUGAAGAGGAAUGGAGAGGAGCCACUGCUGCCUGGGAUUGACCUUUCACAUGAUCAGCUCUUCUUUCUUAACUUUGCACAGAUUUGGUGUGGAUCGUAUCGACCACAGCAAGCCGUUAUUUCCGUUAAAAUUGAUAUACACAGUCCAGUGAUGUUCAGAGUACUCGGCUCCCUUCAGAAUUUUCCAGAGUUUGCCAAAGCAUUCAACUGCAAAAAACACAGCAACAUGGUCUCUGACAAUGUUUGUCGUGUUUGGUGACCUAAAGACCAAACACGGUCUUUAGGUCCGUGUUUCCUGCCGGUACGAUACCUCUCCCCUCUAACUGCUGGAGCUCUCGUGGAGAUUUACAGGGAUAUGGAAGCUUCUCUUUGUUCUUUACUAAAUGGACCACGGCUGGUGAACAGGCAGUGCAACAUGCACUUUAUCCAAGAUGGAUUAUUGUCCCAAAAGGAAUAACCCUCAUUGGUUGUCUGCUGUCAAAGUUUGUCUCUCAAACUGCAACACUGCUGUUCAAUAAAUCAACUCUUUCAAUCUCCUGCUCACUGGAUACAAUCACUCCUUCUGUUUUUUUUUAAAGUUUUAUUCUGUUUUUUGCUUUCACAUUUGCUUAUCCUUUGAGCCUGCCAG